GCUGUUUGUGACGUUGGGAGCUUGGCGGACUGAUUAGAAAAAUGGUUUUAUUUUUUUUUUUUAAAUUGUGCAACUAAAGUGUUUUUCUGACAGGUUUUAGGCCUGCGUGGGAUUUUUUAAAAAUGCUGUAUAAAUUAGGACGUGGAAAUUUUUCAGUUGUUGGAAUAUUUAAAGUAUCUGCUUUUUGUUUUAUGUAGCAUGUAGUUCGCAAAAUCUUUAGCGUUUGUAUUUUCUUUUUCAAUCUUUUACAGCUAAUCACUGGUUAGUAACGUCAAAAGCUAUUUCAGACUGAAAUGAAAGACUUCUGGGUGAUUAAAAGUGGUGCUGAAAAGCCACCAAAUGUAGAAAUACAAAUAAAAGGUUUAAAUUAAGGUUUGGAAACUUGCUGGACAGUAGAUCUAACUUGAAGCAGCGCAGGGUGUAAGUCUGUAAAAACAUGCAAAUAUUUUUUACUUUCAUCCAAAAGCAAAAAUUGGCCUUUUUAUUUUAUUUUUUAAAAACUGUGACAAGAAGGAGGCGAAACGGAGAUAUCAGGAGGAGAAUUACGCAGCGCGCGCUGGGAGAGAAAUGCUUGAACCGGCUCGCGCUGAAUGGACUCGAGCACAAUGCGCACGAGGCCCCACGCAGCCUCGAGCUCGGUGGGGAGCCCUUGUCUCGUGCAGCACAUGGCUUUUCUCCCACGGUGCGUGGGGACGGGAGGAUGGAAUGUUGUUAAACAAGUCAUCCAAAAAGGGCGAAGAGCGGCCGCGAAGCCCCGCGAAGCCCCGCGAAGCCCCGCGACAUCUACCUUAAUCGCUUCUUUAAACUCGUGACAUCAUUCACGCGCCACGCCGGGUCGUUUGCAAGAAGAAAAAAGAAAGAAAGAAAGAAAUGGAUUUGGAAGCCAGAUUUAGAUUUAUAAAUUGGUUGUUUGACAUUCGGGGUGAACUUCGGAUGAGAAAUCCUAAACAGAGUGAAUUAGGUCUGACUUUCAUUGUCCAAAAUGUUUACGCAGAAAUUAUUGGCGCAAAAAUGUCUCCUGGUGCGAGAAGGCGUGAUUAACUGCGUCAGAUUUGUCCCCGAAGUGCCAAUAGUCCGAGGGGAAAUCCCCACUUUCUCCUCCGAGAGCGAGCGACUUCUCUCCUGUCUCCUCUCGGCUCUCCACGGGAUUUCAACGUCACUCACGGCUGCGCGGACGGCUUCACGCUCCAUGUGUCGCCAGUCCCCUGCCACGGCGCGCAUUAAUAUUCCUGUAAGUCUCAGUCAUGAAUAACAAUUACACCGAGCACCGGGGGUAGAGGCGGGAGCGCGGCGCUCACAGUCACUCAGAGCGGCGGCAGCUCCGGGCGCAGGACGGUUCUGCGUGGCCUGCCCGCAGACACUCAGGUUUCUGCUUUCACCUGGAAUGAGCCUGUUUGUCUUCCUUCGACCAAACACGUCCUGGUUUGUGUUAUUUCACUCUGAACGCGCGUCGGCUGCCAGCACACGUUACAGAUGUUAGUUCAUCCCUACUCCACUGGGGUGAGUUUUCCUCCAGACUGGAAGGACCGGCAUGACGGUGUCUCAAGCCACAGUUCGCGCCUUUCCCAGCUGGGCUCGGUGUCGCACGCCGGACCUUACUCCAGCGCGCCGCCGCUGUCUCAUGCGCCUUCCUCGGACUUCCAGCCGCCAUACUUCCCUCCGCCAUACCAGCCGCUCGCUCACUACCAGAGCCAGGACCCGUACUCCCACGUCAGCGACCCGUACUCCCUGAACUCGCUCCAUCAGAGCCAGCAGGGCGCAUGGGGCGCGCGUCAGCGGCAGGACGCCGCCGGGGACCGGAUGGAGAGCUCGGCUCUGCUGGCGCAGCCUCGGGCCUCUCUGCCGCAGCUUUCCGGGCUGGACCCACGGCGGGAUUACGGUGGCGUGCGGCGGCCUGACGUGCUGCUGCACUCCGCACAUCCGGGACUGGAGCCCGGCAUGGGAGACGGACUGCUGCACGGUCUGCACGGCAUGGAGGAUGUUCAGACCAUCGAAGACGCCAACGGAACCAACAUCCUGGAUCAAUCCGUAAUUAAGAAAGGUGUUGUAACUCCGUGUCGCCGCCCUCUUUCAGUCCCCAUGCCCCCCAAGAACAUGGGUUCCCUGAUGCUCGGCAAGGACGGCCUGAUCGGCGGAGUCACCGUCAACAUUAAUGAGGUGUUCUGCUCGGUACCGGGCCGCCUGUCGCUGCUCAGCUCCACCUCCAAGUACAAAGUGACCGUAGGGGAGGUGCAGAGGAGGCUGUCUCCACCUGAGUGCCUCAACGCCUCUCUGCUAGGAGGCGUGCUGAGGAGAGCAAAGUCUAAAAACGGUGGCAAAUGCCUAAGAGAAAAACUGGAGAAGAUCGGAUUGAAUCUUCCAGCUGGGAGACGUAAAGCGGCCAACGUCACGUUACUAACGUCUCUUGUAGAAGGUGAGGCGGUGCACCUGGCCCGGGACUUCGGCUACAUCUGCGAGACGGAGUUUCCCACGAAAGCUGUGAGCGAGUACCUGAACCGGCAACAUGCGGACCCCAACGAGCUGCACACGCGGAAAAACAUGCUGCUGGCCACAAAACAGCUGUGUAAGGAGUUCACGGACCUGCUGGCCCAGGACAGGACUCCGCUGGGAAACUCCAGGCCGACCCCCAUCCUGGAACCCGGCAUCCAAAGCUGCCUAUCCCACUUCUCCUUCAUCACACACGGCUUCGGCUCGCCCGCCAUCUGCGCCGCGCUCACCGCCCUGCAGAACUACCUCACCGAGGCUCUCAAAGGACUCGACAAGAUGUUCCUCAACAACCCGCCCAACAGCCGGCACGGGGACGCGGGCGGCAAGGCCGGCGACAAAGAGGAAAAACUGCGGAAAUGAAGCCGGCGCAGAAAGGGGGAGUGAUGGAGGAGAGGCGGGAGGGAGGCCGACACGCUGACCGAGACGUUACACCGUUUCUCGUAGCUUCUACAGCGCCGCCGCCGCCGCCGCCACCCUGCCACACACACGGCUGAGGUGGAGGACAGGGAAGGCUUGGCGUGGAGGAAGACACCCGUGGGCCAGUGUCUGAACGCACGGAGGGAUUUUUCAUCUGUAUUACGUUCUUCUCAUCCCCCCCCCAAGGACAUGGUGGUUACUGUGUUCCAUCCAUUUUGCUCCCCCCGCCUGCAUCCUGUGAGACUGAGAUGCUGCGAGCAAACGACAUUGUGAGUGUGUGUGAGAGAGAGUGUGAGAAAGUGUGUGCUUGUGUCUGUCUUCACACCGAAACAGAAGGGGAAAAAAAGCGUUGUGGGUUUGGAGAUCCUUUUUUUUUUUUUUUUGUGCUGCAGCAUCUAUCUGUGAAACUGGCUGGGUAUUUAACGAGACUCCAAUGAGGGACAGCGUUAAUUUAUGUGUGUAAAUAUUAAUUUAUAAUUAUUUAAGUUGAUUAAAUAGGUGCGCCAGCUGCUUUGGGGUCGACCUAUUUAUAUGUGAUUUGACCUUUGUGAGCCAGUGGGGAGGGAGAGGGCAGGACUCGUUCAGUGUUUUUCUGUUCUUAUAGAGCUGUUGUCAUGGUGAUGAUGAUGAUGAUGAUGAUGAUGAUGAUGAUGAUGAUGAUGAUAAUGAUGGGUAGACAUGCUUCUAAUUGUCCAGUGAUUUCAUUUCUAUCAUAUUGAUAAUAAACCAUGUGUUUUAUAAUGU